UUGGAAUAAUUAUAAUUAACAAAAUGUCUUGGUCAACAGAUAGCAUUAUAUUAUUAAUAGAAGGAUACGAGUCUAACCCGUGUUUAUUUAACGUAAAACAUAUGGAUUACCAUAAUAAACAUAAAAGAAAUGUAGCUCUAAACAACCUUAGUGAAAUGUUGGGAAAGACGAUUUCUGACAUUCAAAAAAAGUGGAAUGGGAUAAGAAACACUUACAGUGCAGAAAGAAGGAAAGUUCUAGACUCACAGAAAAGUGGUGCCGGAGUAAGUGAGAUAUAUGUCCCAAAACUGUGGUACCAUGACAGACUCAAAUUUUUGAAUGAGUAUUUAACAACAAGAAAACCAGUGUCAUCAUUCGAGAUCAAUGAAGGAGCCAGUACAUCAAACUCGAGCCAAGAUGUGGACAUGGUGUACGAAGUAGGUGAUGAUGGCGUUUUAUCACCUCUUCCAAAUGAGGUUGAAGAAGUUGGCCAAGAAGAAGUUGUCACUGAAGAGACAUAUGAGACACCUAUUAAAAAGAAGAAAGGGGAACGGAAACUAUCAGUAUCAGUAUCCGAUAAAGCUUCAAACGCUUUAGAUAGCAUUGCAAGUGCAAUAAGUGUGAUGCAUAGUGAAGAUGAAAACACUAUUUACGGCAAAUAUGUGGCGGAGAGACUUUCAAAAAUAAAAAACAAAAAAAGAUUAUUACAAGUAAAACAAAAAAUAGACACCAUUUUAUUUGAAUCUCAAAUGGAAGAAUUAGAGUAAAACAUAUAGUAAUGCACAGAUUCUAAACGUGCCAGUGGGAGAUGGCUUCGGUGUGCUGUAUGAGAAAGUAUUCAAAAUAAUGAAAUAACACAUUUUAUAUUAUUUGUUUUUUCAUUAUUUCAAAUACUUCCUCUCUCACUGACUAUAAU